AAACAGCGGUGCCCGACGUCUAGGGUUUCAUAUUUCUCCUUCCUUUUCCCUUGCCUUACGGAUAGGUGCCGUAUCGCUGUCGCCAUGGCGAAGACGAUCACGCUGAGGAGCUCCGACGGUGAGGUAUUCGAGGUCGACGAGGUGGUCGCUAUGGAAUCGCAGACCAUCAAGCACAUGAUCGAGGACGACUGCGCCGACAACGGCAUCCCUCUUCCAAACGUCACCUCCAAGAUCCUUUCCAAAGUCAUCGAGUAUUGCAAAAAGCACGUCGACGCCACCUCGGCCGCUGCUUCGAAGUCAUCUGAUGACGCCUCCCGGCUCGCUGACGAAGAACUCAAGUCAUGGGAUGGAGAGUUUGUCAAGGUCGAUCAGGCGACCCUAUUCGAUCUCAUACUGGCUGCAAACUACCUGAAUAUAAAAGGGCUUCUGGAUUUGACUUGUCAAACUGUGGCCGAUAUGAUAAAGGGAAAGACCCCUGAAGAAAUCCGCAAAACAUUCAACAUCAAAAAUGACUUUACUCCAGAGGAAGAGGAAGAGGUCCGAAGGGAAAAUCAAUGGGCCUUCGAAUGAUGUAUUAUCUUAGUUGUCAAGACGUUCUGAUGCUCGAUUGAAACUCGUCUAUGACUAGUACGUUUAAUGGUUAUUUACUUUAUUGUAAUGUUGACGAACGUCUGUGCUUUAGGGGCUAUUUUAUGGGUUGUAAGAUGAUUGAAAUUGAUCUCCCAAAGUUGGCCUAAAAUUAUUUAAAAAAUAAAUAUUUAUGAUA